CGGUGCACAUGUGAAAGCGACUUUGCCGAUGUGCCGAAUCAAUGUCAACGUAAUUUUGAACAACAUUGAAUGAAAAUGAAGUUAUUAACAGUUGCAAAAACAUGUUCCUGUUUACGUGGGGUUGGAUGUUCCAGACUGCCAAAGGUCAGCUAUAUUCAGGCAGCAAAUUAUGCAGGAGGCAGGACCUUUGGCGAAGUCAUGGAGGAUGUUACUAAGAUACGGAACAUUGGAAUCUCCGCCCACAUUGAUUCUGGGAAAACCACAUUGACAGAGCGACUCCUCUUCUACACAGGAAAACUGGCUGAAAUGCAUGAGGUAAAAGGUAAAGAUGCUGUUGGAGCCAAGAUGGACUUCAUGGAACUGGAAAGACAGCGUGGUAUAACUAUUCAGUCAGCCGCAACAUAUGUGAUGUGGCAAGGCCAUAAUGUCAAUAUCAUAGACACGCCUGGCCACAUAGACUUCACCGUGGAGGUAGAGCGAGCGCUGCGGGUCCUCGACGGUGCUGUUCUCGUCCUGUGUGGGGUGGGCGGAGUCCAGUCCCAGACACUCACAGUAAACAGACAGAUGAAGAGAUAUAGCAUCCCCUGUUUGGCCUUUGUGAACAAGCUGGACCGGGGCGGAGCCAACCCUUUUAGAGUGGUCGAUCAACUUAGAUCAAAGCUGAAGCACAACGCUGCUCUGCUACACCUUCCCGUCGGAUUGGAGAAGGAUCACGAGGGUAUUAUUGAUGUCAUUGAGAGGAAAGCUGUCUAUUUUGAUGGGGCCAUGGGUCUAAAAGUUGUUGAGGAAGAAAUUCCACAGGAUAUGAGAACCCAGGCUGAGGAUACCAGACAGGAACUGAUAGAAAUAGUAGCUGAUGCUGACGAACAAUUAGCUGACAUGUUUCUGGAGGAGAAGACGCCGACAGAAAAAGAAAUUCAUGAUGCCAUUCGACGCACAUGUCUUGCAAGGACAUUUACACCAGUAUUGCUGGGAUCGGCUCUCAAGAACAAGGGCGUGCAGCCCCUGCUAGAUGCUGUGAUACGCUACCUCCCCAACCCAACAGAGGUAGAGAACUUCUGUAACGACAACUCAGUAGAAGGUGAGGAAAAGAAAAUUGCGAUGAAUCCAGCAAGGACAGGUGAUAAUCCAUUCAUUGGACUGGCCUUUAAACUGGAGGCUGGGAGAUUUGGCCAGCUGACCUACAUGAGGUGUUACCAGGGUUUAUUGAACAGAGGGGACACUAUCUACAACACAAGGACAGGCAAGAAGGUCAGGGUGCCUCGACUCGGUCGUAUGAAUGCUGACGAACUGGAGGACCUGGGCCAGACGUAUGCUGGCGACAUCUCUGCUCUGUUUGGGAUAGACUGUGCCAGUGGAGACACGUUUGUUACUAAAGGAAACACUCACCUAUCUAUGGAAAGAAUGUAUGUACCAGACCCUGUUAUAUCCAUGUCUAUCAAGCCGGUCGACAAAAAGAGCAGCGAGAAUUUCUCCAAAGGAAUCAGUCGAUUCACAAAGGAAGACCCCACCUUUCGUGUGGUGUGGGACGACGAAAAUAAGGAAUCUAUAGCAUCAGGAAUGGGCGAGUUACACCUAGACAUCUAUGCUCAGAGAUUAGAAAGAGAGUUCAAAGCUAAGUGUGUCCUGGGAAAACCGAGGGUUUCAUUCAUAGAAACGCUUAUCAACAAAGUGGAAUUUGAGUAUUUACAUAAGAAACAGUCCGGAGGACGAGGAGAAUAUGCCAAAGUCAUCGGAUCAGUAGAGCCUCUUCCUGCUCAAGAAAACACCAAGAUUGUAUUUCAAGACGAAACCAUGGGAACAUCUAUACCCAAGAAUUUCAUAGCAGCUAUUGAAAAAGGGUUCCGAGAAGCUUGUAUGAAGGGAGAGCUGUGUGGCUACAAAGCUUCGGGAAUUCUGAUCAGGCUUACAGACGGUAUGGCUCACGCGGUCGACUCGAGCGACUGGGCGUUCGAACAGGCAGGAGACGCAGCCAUGAAGCAAGUGAUGGAGGUAGGCACUUGGCAGAUGUUGGAGCCCGUGAUGGAGGUAGAAGUCAAUUUUCCUGCCGAGUUUCAGGGCGACGUCCACGCCAGUCUCAAUAAGCGCGACUCCAUCAUGAUGGGACAAGACGCCAACGAAGAAUUUGUGUCACUAUUUGCACAGACACCCCUUAAUCAGAUGUUUGGCUACAUGUCUGAGCUUCGAGCCAAGACCCAAGGAAGAGGAGAGUUUACCAUGGAGUACAGUCGCUACUGUCCGAUGAAGCCCGACGUGGAGCAACAACUCAUAGAAGCUUACAGGCAGGAACAGGAACAACUCAACAAAAAUCUCAAACGCAAGAAGAAUUGAUAGCGAUCAUGCGUAGCUUUAUCAAAUUUUAUUUAUUUCAUUAUUGUAGAUUUGUUGUAUAGUUAUUUGAGACUAUAUGAACUAUGAUACGUAAAAAACACAUGGAGUCUCCUGUUUAUAAAACUCUAUAACUAUGAUACGUAAAAAACACAUGGAUUCUCCUGUUUAUAAAACACUAUAACUAUGAUACGCAAAAAACACAUGGAGUCUCCUGUUUAUAAAACACUAUAACUAUGAAACACUUCGUAUUCAUGAUUGUGGUGCUUCGUAUAAAUUAUUGGAUAUGACGUUAGGGAGAAAGAAAAAAAAAAUACGGAACAAAUAUUUGAGUUUGCGUCAAUUUCAAAAGUUUUUAAUCUACAAUGACAAAUGCGGUGACAUCUGAUGUACUUUUAUGUACUUAGUGGUCUGUAUGUCAAGUCGUGUCAUUCACAAUGAACUCAACAGAAAUGUACAUCGCACAUAGGCUAUGAAUUUUAUUGACUUUUUCAUAUUCAAAGACAUGGUUUGUGUAUAAGGAUGCAUCACGAACCUUAGAAACUGUGGACAAAUAGUUUAUACUGUGUAUAACAAGCUUCAAUUUACAUGUACAAAACAUCUACAUAUUGAAAGAGUUGAACUCGAGGAUCCCGUUAUAACGUUUCAAAUGAACUGUGCUUUAGGCUUGGUUAAUGAUGCAAUGUUAUAUUGGAAUACAUGCCUUUGUAUUAAAGGCAAGUUACUGUACACUGGGAAACAGUCCUUCAGACACAUAUGGGCUCUUCUUCGGUAAAUUAAUACUUCCCCAGUGUUGAACUUGCCCUCUGCCUGAUUUUGACCCGUAUCUGGUAUGCUGUGUAUUAGCAUGCUCUCAUGAUAAAUUCAUCCCUAAUGAGAAAGGUAAACAUUUUCACAAAAUAGGUCAUAUUAAAGGUCACUCUGACACAAAUCACAGGCACUACAAGGUGUAAUAUAUCCAGAAGUGUAUUUCAAUAAUUAAUGUCUGUUUUAUGUAACUACUGGGUAGUAAGCUUGUGGUCAUUUACUUCCAUUAACUUGGCCUUCAGACAAGCUUGGUUGUAUUAGAGCUGUUGGUGUAGAAAGCAGUCACCUAUAUGUGGAGUCAAGUCUUCUAUGGCAUUUUGUGAGUGAGGCUGUUAUUGUGACAUCAAAAUCAUGAAAAAAUACCAUGAGGGAGAGAGAGAGACUUGUAUACAUGUACAUUUGUAUGUAUGUCAAAGAUAGAGAAAUGUCACCAUAAGGGUUAUAAACUGGAAGGAAAACAUAAAAUAUUACCGUACUCCAAUUCACUUCAUAACUCCUCCAGUGGAAUUUCUCAAUUUUCAUCUAUGUUUGAAAGGCUAUUAAUCAUGUAAUGUUUGACACUGUUGUACAUAAUGGUACAUAGACCCUGUUGUAAAUUACCUCCUGAAAUAUUUAUAUAUAUAUAUAUUUCAUUUAUUGCAUAUUUGGGCCACUUAUAACAAGCCGACCAGAGUGGUUCGUUUAAGAAAUAGCGAAGAACCUUUGUGUUGCAAUCUGAUGUUGUUUACUGGCGAACCUUGACAAAGAGUUUUCAACGAGAUAUUUGUAGGUCUGCCGGGAUUUAUCCCAGGAAAUGUUACAAUCGAAGGUUGUAGACAACUGGUCUGUGCUUUAAAAUGGAACGGACUCUGGUCUUCUCUUUGAAAGCGUGUGGUUAAUCUAGUAAAUUGAAUUUUUCAGUGGUGGUCAACAUACAAGAAAAUACGAGAAUUGAUCCUCCGUUACCUUGAUUUAUUGUGAUGUAUUCUACUUGGUAAUUGCUGUGUAGCUGUGAUAGGCCCCUAGCAGUCCAUGGUUUUUUCUGUCUGGCAGGAUAUAUGGUGCGUGUAAGGAAAAAGCAUAGAAUCUCCAUUAACCCAGAUGACCAUAUAUUAAGCCUGAAUGAUUAAAAAUUAGACUUUCUGGUCUUGCUUGUGAAGGUCCCAGGAACUUCAUAGUCAACCUGACCAUGUAGUAACUCAAAGCUGUCACUGGUGUUAAAAUGGUAAAAUACUGCCGUGAUUUUAGUCUUGCUAUUCGACAUGUUUUUUUCAGAUUUUGUAAUUUUGAACAAAAUAUCUUUCUGAAAUUUGCUGAGUUGUGUCCCCUGGGGAAAAAAACUUAAAUUUCAAAAAGAAUUUAAAUGAAGAAUUGAGCAAUGCUCUGUAACUACAUACAAACGUAGAGUUUUACAAUCGUUUCCUAUCUCACAUCCUGUUAUUUUUCACAUCCAACAAAUAUUUUUAUUAUUGUUCGCAUGUACAGGAUUAUUUUUCCAAUUCAAUUUGAUUUGGGGGGUUUCUGGGACAACAAGUGUGAUAAAGUAAGAAAAUUGUGAAAAUUGGUUUUCAGAGUACCUAUUAAAUCUUAUAAAUUGAGAAACCCAUCUUAAGUGGGAUAAUAAAACCCCAAUCUCAAGUGGGAUAUUUUUACUGUAGUCAUGUCAGAAAGUAUCAUUUAUCAUUUGAAUGUGUUUUUGUGAAAGAGUGAGUGUGUGGAGGUGAUGAUAACAGAACAUUACUUAUGUUUAAUAUACAUGAUAUAUUUUAAACAUCAAAAUUGUGUAAAUAAAAUUGUCAUGAAAUAUGAA